CGUAGAUCGGCAAAUCAGUUGUCUCGGUGCAGCGUAUAAGUACGACUGUUUUAUGUUUCUGUCACUGUACGGUGACCGUAGGCUCCCAGUGAAAGUUAAAGAGAAAGGACUGUUGCCGGUGCUGCAGUUGUGCUAUUUGAACGAUCGUCCAAAGUGACCAAAGUGACUUCGUUCUGCUGUAGAAAAAACUUGUAAAAAAAAAAAAAAAAACAAAAGAAUCCCCAUUGAGAAUAGAAAAUCAUCACGAAACUUGCAAUAUACAUAUUUCCAACGCUAAAGAAAUAUAAUCUGCCUAUUAGUUACGCGUUACAAGAAGGCGGUGUUGUGACAUUACACAGUCGUUCCGUGUCUAUCCGUGACUGACUGCGUGUUUUUCACUCUUUCACUUUCUCUGUCUCUCUCUCUCUCUCUCUGUGUGUACAUAUAUAUUUUGUGUGUAGGCGCGCGCGCGCGCUACUGCCUUUAUUUGUGCGUAACAUCUCUCGAAGAUGGAAGUUCUACCGUGUCCCGUGAAUGUGAAUUUUAAUAAUACGAGAGCCGAAAUUGUGGCUGAAGAAUUUGACGGGGCUUGCCAGGCUCUAGCAAAACGAGUGGAAGUUGAACUGAGGAGAGCGAAACACGCGCAGUUAGCAUGCGGGGAGGUUUUGCUGCCAGACGACCUCUUACCUAGAAUAGCUAAAACUGUACUUAGCAUGGCCGAAAAUGAACCUUGUGGUCUAAGAGGUUGUACCUUGUUCAUUAGUUUUGAGACCGACAGCGUGUGCAGGAAACUGUCCAAGAUACAAUGCGACCCUAACACAGUGUCUACGUUUGAAAUUUAUUUGACUUUGAAACAGGAUCACACGUCCUGGCACAUACUGUUGCCUCAGUUUCUGAAAAACCUGACGCGGGGAGGUACCAUUAUGAUCAGCAAAGACUUUACUUUGGAGAAGAAAAAACUGUACAGAUCGUAUCAGCAGACACAAUAAACGAAUCCCGCGACAUCUCGAGAGCCAUUGAUUGAUUGUCUUGAUAAAUGUGAUUAUUCCAAGCUAUUUUCUAGUUAUAUGUAGGCCGUGAUGUGGCCGUAUUUUUACUUUCCAUGCAAAGUGAGCAAAUCAGUUUUUCUGAUACGCCGCGUAUACUUUGCGAUAUAUUUUAUUUAGAGGUAGCUAUAACGAAAGGAAGCAAUGUUGUGAGGAGAAUAAACUGUGAAUGUAAAGAGAAGACGGAGAGGCGGGAAAGGGUGGAAUACGAAAGGCGUUUUGACAAUUGUGAUAGUAAAGCUAAAGAUAAAAG